AUGGUCAAGGGAACUCUCGCUCUUCUGGCCUUGGCUGCCCCGGCCUUCGCUGGUGUCAUCGAGCGUGGCGAAGGCAAGGACCACUGGGGAGUCCAUAAGGACAAGCACUCUUCGUCUCCCCAUGUGAAGCCUACUCCUGAGUCAACCAACACCUGGGAGCAGCCGUCCACGUCGGCCACUUCGACUUGGUCUUCUUCGACUGAAUCGUCGUCUUCGAUCACUUCGUCGACCGCCAGCUCUCCCAGUGAUUCUGCUACCACUUCGGAGACGACUUCUUCCUGGGAGAAGCCGUCCGGCUCCUCUCACCACCACCACCAUCACGAGACGACUACCACGCCUCACUGGUAUACAAAGACGACCACUAUCACGACCACCACUUGUCCGGUCACCUCUUCCGUGGUCACCUCGGGCACCCACACCUCUACUGUGCCGGUGACCCAGACCAGCACGAUCACCCUCACCACCACCACUCUCUGCUCGACUAAGCCGACUGAGACUCCUACCGUCAAGCCCACUCCUGUUGUGACUCCCAGCAGCUCGGUUCCUGACACCACGGUGAUCAACUCUACUCCCUGCACUUGGGCCACCAUUGGUACUUCUACUCUCCCCGUGCCGGUCACCACCCACUCUUCGUCGAAGGUGACCCCUGUCCCCUCUUCCUCGAAGAGCAGCUCGGUUCCGGAUACCACGGUGAUCAACUCUACUCCUUGCACUUGGGCCACCAUCGGUACCUCUACCGUCCCCGUGCCGGUCACCACCCACUCUUCGUCGAAGGUGACCCCUGUCCCCUCUUCCUCGAAGAGCAGCUCGGUUCCGGAUACCACGGUGAUCAACUCUACUCCUUGCACUUGGGCCACCAUCGGUACCUCUACCGUCCCCGUGCCGGUCACCACCCCUCAGUCUUCUUCGAAGGCGACUCCUUCGCCUGAGAAGUCUACUCCGGUCAUUACUCCCAGCAGUUCGGUUCCUGACACCACGGUGAUCAACUCUACUCCUUGCACUUGGGCCACCAUCGGUACCUCUACCGUCCCUGUGCCGAUCACCACUCCUCACGGUUCCAGCGCUCAGCCCACUCCAUCCGGCAGCAAGCCCGAGCACUCCAGCCAACCCAGCAAGCCCGAGCACUCCGAUAAGCCCAGCGCUCAACCCACUCCGUCCGGCAGCAAGCCCGAGCACUCCAGCUACCCUAGCAAGCCUGAGCACUCUGGCGUGAUCCCCUCGGGCAGCUCUCCCUCCACCCCGGGCCACUCUGGCAAGCCCUCCAACCCCGAGCAAUCUGGUCAGCCCAACAAGCCCGCCCCCUCCGGUGGCGUGAUCCCCUCUGGCAGCUCCCCAUCCACCCCAGCCCACUCUGGCAAGCCCUCCAACCCCGAGCAAUCUGGUCAGCCCAACAAGCCCGCCCCCUCCGGUGGCGUGAUCCCCUCUGGCAGCUCCCCAUCCACCCCAGCCCAGUCCGGCCAGCCCUCCAACCCCGAGCAGUCUAGUCAGCCCAACAAGCCCGCCCCCUCCGGUGGUGUGAUUCCCUCUGGCAGCUCCCCAUCCACCCCGGCCCACUCUGGCAAGCCCUCCAACCCCGAGCAAUCUGGUCAGCCCAACAAGCCCGCCCCCUCCGGUGGCGUGAUUCCCUCUGGCAGCUCCCCAUCCACCCCGGCCCACUCUGGCAAGCCCUCCAACCCCGAGCAAUCUGGUCAGCCCAACAAGCCCGCCCCCUCCGGUGGCGUGAUCCCCUCUGGCAGCUCCCCAUCCACCCCGGCCCAGUCCGGCAAGCCCUCCAACCCCGAGCCCUCCAGCUCUGAGCCCUCGGGCGAGUCCCCUGUCUCCCCCGGCGGUGGUUCCGAGUCCGAGCAGCCCAGCGGUGUCUCUCCCGAGAGCCCUGCUUUCACCGGCGCUGCUGGUAAGGCCCAGCCUGCUGUUGGUGUCCUGGUUGGUCUUGUUGGACUUAUGGCUUUCUUCUAA